CUGGAUUUUAUAUUAAUGGAUGCCUUUGAGGACUUGGAAAAUCCACCGACCUCAGUAAUUGCCGUCUUGCGGAACCGCUGGCUGUCUGACAGCUUCAAGGAAACUGCAUUGGCAACUGCAUGCUGGUCAGUUUUAAAAGCUAAACGAAGGCUUCUCAUGGUUCCAGACGGCUUCAUAUCUCAUUUCUACUCCGUAUCGGAGCAUGUCAGCCCCAUAUUGGCAUAUGGAUUUCUUGGUCCAAAAGAGAAUUUAACAGAAAUGUGUACUUUCUUUAAGCAUCAAAUUGUGCAGUAUUUAAAGGACAUGUUUGACUUGGAUAAAGUGAGGUACACUACAGUCCAGUCACUGGCAGAGGACAUCUUGCACCUUUCCCGAAGACGGAGUGAGAUUCUUCUGGGAUAUCUGGGAGUAGACAGUCUACGGGCAAUGAAUGGAGACCUGCCAGCACCAAACAGACCAUCAGAGCUUCACCUCUGA